AUGCCAUGCUUCGGGGACGUGCAGUUCGCCAGAAGCCCCCGAUUCCUUGUCCUCAUAAUAACACAUUCAAUUUCCGUCUCUACCUUCACCCGCCUCCUCAACUGCCCAGACCCAGGCAGCUGGACAAAAUCAAGCCCGCUAAAUGUUGAAUGGAGAGACAAUGCGACCUGUCCAGCCGAGAUUAACAACUACCUGCCGCCUUCAUGUCUCCCUAACAGCACCGGGGGCAGCAGAUUUACUUCAAACCAGUUGGAGUUCAAGUGUCUCUGCGAGAGCACUGCUUUCAUACUGAGCACAGCCAAGGGCAUCUAUAGGUACUGCGGCGGCCGCAACAGUCUCCACGACAUGGCAAGUUACUGGGAGCUCAAGUGCAACGACUUUCCCACUUCAAUCGCUCUCAACAAACCCGAGAUUAAACGCAUCGGCUCAGGUGGCCAGACAGACAUCCCCUGCGUAGAUCCUCCGGGAGAUUGCAACAAGGACAAAAUAACCAUCACUGUGCAGGAUUCUACUCCUACUUCUUCAGUGGAUUCACGGAAUAGCACAAACAUCAAGCAUGAUGGCGGUGCAACUUCGCUCGAACCGUGGCAAAUCGGUCUGGUUGUCAGUGUUGCUGGUGUUGUCAGCAGUGGUGUCAUGAUACUAUUAUACUGCUUCAAUGCCGGUUUCCGGGAACGAGUCCAUGGUUGGGGCUCCAUGUUUCGGUGA